GGAUUCGCACUAGUGAAUGGAACAACAGUCGCAGGCUUCGACCGGUUCUCUUCAUCUGUAAUUUGUUCAACUCGACUUUCAUCACACAGAACGGCAGAAAAAGGGGAUCAGAAGAGAAAGAAGGACGAUUUUGAAAAUCCACCAACAAAUUUCUUUGAGCUUCCAACGGAAGGCUUCAGUGGAAAGCUAACAACACCGAAAUGACUGAGAGUAGAGUGAAAGCGUUUUUCAACGGAAAGAAUGUGUUCCUCACCGGGGGCACGGGGUUCGUCGGGAUCGCCCUCGUCGAGAAACUUCUCAGGACUACUAAUGUGAACAAAGUGUACCUGCUCCUCAGGACGAAAAAGGGCAAAGACAUCUCAGAAAGGCUGGAAGAGUUCAAAAAGAACGCGAUUUUUGAGCGGUUGGUCAAUGAGAAAGGAUCGGAUGUAUUUGGUAAGUUAGUUCCAGUAGCUGGAGAUGUCGGAGAACCAAAUUUGGGUUUGAGCGACAGUGACACUAUGAUUCUGACCGAAAAUGUCAAUGUAAUGUUUCACUCUGCCGCUACCCUCGAUUUUGGGGCAAAUUUGAAGUCCACCGUACAAAUCAACUUGUUGGGAACAAGGCGUGUGGUUGAAUUGUGUAAAAAGAUCAGACAUCUCAAUGCACUUCUUCAUGUAUCGAGUGCAUUUGUGAAUUCACACAUGUUAAAACCACAAGAAGAGUUCUACCCUGUUCAUAAAACAGCUGAUGAGGUUAUUGACUUUGUAGAAAAAUCGACAGAUGACCAAAUCGAAGAGAAGACCAAAUUGUUUCUUGGGGAAUACAUUAACACAUACACAUUUACAAAAGCCCUUGCGGAGCAAGAAGUCAGAAAUGCUUCAUCUUCAUUCCCGACAUGUAUAGUCAGGCCGAGCAUGAUUACAGCAUCAUGGAAGGAGCCAGUCAAAGGCUGGACAAAUUCCAAAAAUGGUCCACAAGGGUUUAUUAUGGGUGCCGGAAAAGGCGUUGUCCGAAGAUUGCCCGUCAAUGAGAACUUAAUAGCCGAUUACAUUCCUGUCGAUAUCGUAGUCAACGGAAUGAUCGUUGGUGCUUGGCAUGCAGCUACUGUAAUGCCGGCUGAAACUCCAGUUUUUCACCUUACAUCAAGCACAUCAAAUCCAUUCAGGUGGAGGUUAAUCACCCCUAUGUUAGACGAACUGCUCCAUAAUUCGCCAUUAAAAUCUGCAGUGUGGUACCCAUGUCUAAAACUCGUCCCAUCAUUGUUUUGGUUUAAAGUAUCAGCUCUUAUUUUCCACUGGCUUCCUGCUUACAUUCUUGACGGCGUGACCAAGCUCAUGGGUGGAAAAACUAUAUUAGUAAGGAUGCAUACAAACAUUGACAAAUCCUUAGUACAGCUAAAAGCUUUUAUCUUCACUGAAUGGCUUUAUGAUAACAAAAAAACUCUAUCGCUACAUAAUUCUCUAAACGAUGAAGACAAAGAAUCUUUCAAUCUAGAUGUAACAUCAUUGGACUGGCUUGAUUAUUUCCAAUGGUUGGCUAAAGGCGUGAGAGUGUAUUUGCACAACGAUCCGAUGAGCACUGUAGAAAAAGCGAGAAAGAAGGAUCAAAUGCUCAGGUGGUUCAAUUUAGCAAUACAAGGCGUUUUCGUUGCUGUUGUCUGGUUUUUAUAUACCAUGUUGACAGGAACAACUUUCCGUGGAACUCUUUUUAUGGUACCGCUAGUGCUUUCUAUAAUAUCAGUACUAUAAAUGAAUGAUUUUUUUUUUUU